GUGUCCAGCGGAGACCGAGGGCUUGCGUCUCGUGGAGGGAGAGAGAGUGAGCGGGGGGGGCUGGCCCUUGGGUGGAUUUGACACAAGAGGGAUUUGCGUGGUGAACGGGUGUCGCGCAACGCUAUUAACAAAACGAGCGGCUGGGUGCGUGUGGCUCUUCUGUGUCAUGUCCGUGCGUCAGCGUCGAGAGAGCAGCGAGCUCGGUCUAUAUUUGCCGAGGAGGGAAGCGGAUCCACGGUGUCGCUGGUGUCCGGCCGGAGCGGAGUAUUAUUAGCAGCUCGCACCGUGUGUCUCUCGCUGGUAUGUCAAGCAUUUGUGCCGUCAACGCGUGUGUGUGUGGGGAGAAAACCUCCCGGGCAACAACACAACACGCACCAAAGUCAGGUUCCCGCUGGUUUGUAUCCACGCGGCGCUUUGAACGAUAGCGGUCAAGUGCAACAACAACAACAACAGCAAGAAAAUAGCAGCAAGCAGCGGCAGCGGCGGUUUUUACACGGUCAUGCACUGUCAUUACACACCAACAGAACCAUCCUGUUCUUCAGUUCAGGAAUAAAACACACAAUAAAGGGAGCUUUUAAAAAAAAAAAAAGGAAAACAAACUUGUGUGCUGACCAAAAGAUUAAUAUUCAGUUGGCUCCCAUGCUGGCUUCCAGGAAUCCUCUCCUCCACACCCUCAGCCAUGCCGGCCACCACCAAAUCCGCCAGGAGGCAGACACCUGCUCAGAGAAAAAAUGCCCAGAAAGUGAUCAGCACAAAGAGGAGAACCUGUAACUCAAAUAAACCCCAGGGAGCAGCGGCAGAGAGACCCAAGAAAACACCUGCAGAACCCAAAAGGUCAACACCCAGAGCACAGGCACAGUCAGGCCAAAGCACCCGUGGAAGAGGAGUCAGUGGGCCUGCUGGCCGUGGCCCUGGGGGGUGCCCUGGCAGAGUUAACUAUGCCCUGAAUAAAACAGGAUCUGCAAGGCUUAGACAGCAGAACAAUCUGCCCGACCCGUGUGCUGAGUUACAGCACCCCCCAGGGCGAAGGGCAUCCCUGCGGGGCGCACGGCCGUCCGUCCCUCCCUGCCAGCCUCCUAAACCUCGUGGAAAAGGGAGGAAGAGCAGGGGGGGUGCUGGGAGAGGAGCAGCGUCCCAGCUGAGGAGCACAAGAAGCCGGCCUUCAAGCACCAGCAUCAACGAUUCAACUCCAGACGAGGAUGAGGAGGAAAAUUUGAAACCGGACACCUUUGAUGACGAUGAAAUCCUUCCAGUUUCUCUAAAGACAAAUUUUGAAGGUCCUGCGAGUAUCAAAGAUCAGGGUCCAGGGGUCAACAAUGCAAAAGAGGGCAGCCCUCUUAAAGCCGACUCGCCACCGUGUCCCGACACACUGGAGGAUUGUGUGCAGGGCAGCUGUGACAGUACUAAAACCCAGCAAGACAAAAAGACUGCAGAUGAGGGUGACCUGCUGUGCAUGACUGGAGAACCUGUGUGUGAUGAUGUUGACGGACAGCUGAAACUCUGCGAUGACAGAAGUAAAGACAGCACCUCCAAGCCCUCGGUGCUAACCAGUACUGGCUCUCCAGGGGGUCAGGGGGGAAGCGACGGAAACGACACUUCACUCGUCGUUGGACACAAGAUUGAUAAUCUUGGCAGCGAUGGUGAGCAAGACGACGCGUUUACCAUCCAAGAGGAAGGUAACACGUUGGACUUGAAAGAGAACAGGGCAGGUGAAAGAAUGAUAGCUGUCACAGAGAGAAAAUACGAGGGAGGAGAGAGUUUCCAGGCAGAUGAAGCCUACAAGAGACUUGAUGAGACUGUGGAAGAGAUGGAGGAGGUCAAUGAGAGGCUGGGGAACGGUGAGGGAGAAGAGAGCGGGAUUAAAGAAAAGGAGAAUGAUGUGUCUGUCAAAGCUACUGACCUCCACUCCGGCACUCCAGCCUCUCAACCUGUAGAUCCUCCUUGUUCUAACAAAGGCCAGACAGCGCUGUCAGAAUCACCUGCAAGUGUGCUACGAGUCUCCAACACAGCUACCUCAAAUCCAUCCAAAGCCCCCUCCUCCACGUCAGACUCCCUUGAUUUAGAAGCUCUGAACAAGGGAAAGAUAGACAUGCAACCUACCACUUGUGGUGCUAAACCUUACAUCCCAGAGUCCUCGGCGGUCGCUGAAACCGCCAUGAUGUCGCAGACUGUUGUUGUGAAGAGAAGCAUGCCGGUUAUUAUCCAUAGUGACUCCCUUAAACCAAGAAGCUUGAGGGACUUGAGUCAGGGGGAACCACAUCGACUGCAGAGCCUAGACAUCCCUCUUCCUCAGGGAGAAAGACGAGUGUGCACACCAGCGGAGACGGAGACCAAAGAUGGUGAAUCCAAUCCGGAGCCAUUGGAUUUCAGCAGCCAGAGAGGGACAUCAAUGUCCGUGGUUCCUCAGUCGAGACCGGGUGACCUCACGGCUGAGUGUGAAUCAAACCAUAGCAAGGGCGGCGUUGUGGCCGCAGCAAUGGAGCCGGACCUGGUGCCAAAGAUCUCAACUCCCCCUCUGGACAGUAGCUCCACCUUGUCCUGCAGCUCGGAAAGCACUCGUUCCUCUUUUUCAUUUGACACCGAAUCGGACGCAGGGUACGGAGAGCCCAGCCCCUCGGUUCUACGCAGAACGUGGGGGCCAGAUGGGGCCUGCCUGCCCUCCUGGACUGCUCCUAAACAACACCGGAAAGAGCGGCAGAAGCGCAGCAGGUGUGGGAUGUGCGAGCCGUGCCUGAGGAAGAUCAACUGUGGCCAGUGCAGCUGCUGCCUCAACCGCAGGACCGGCCACCAGAUCUGCAAGCUGAGGAAGUGUGUGGAACUGAGGAAGAGGAAGCCUUCAUCUCCGCUCACGCUCUCUGCUGCACAGGUGGUUCCAGAAAGUGGGUCGUUAAAUGGCAAAGGCACAGCACAGAUGGAUGAUACCCACGCGGCAGCAGAGGAGGAUGAGGGGGAAGAAGGCCACAUACCUCAUACGCAAUCUCCACCCGUCAACCACCUGCUCACCCACAACCUGGCCUCGGACCAAUUUGGACGGCCGGCUGUUAUUAAACAAGAGCCAGGGGUGGAGCUGCCCAGCUUUGCACUUCACCAACACGUUAACUCUUCUGUGACUUUUCAGAAUGGUUCUGCUCAGAACCUGUCGAAACCUAACGGUGCUAAUAUGACCACUGGGUCAAACUCUGAUCUGAAGCCUGCAUUUAAAAGAACUAUAAUGGCAUCAGAGGCUCAAAGAACUAUAAUAGCCUCAAUUCCUAAGGUCUUCUCUGAAAACGGACCCAAGACGCCUCCAGAUGACAUGUCAAUUCCACUAAAGAAGAUCAAGCUGAAUGAGCCAUGGAUGUGGAUCACUGAACAGGCCACCACACAGCUGAGGGAUGAAGAAGAGGUCUGUGAAGACCCGCUGUCCACGCUGGCAGCUGUGGUGUGUCUGUCUGUAACAGAGAGGAAGGGACUAGAGGAGACACUCUUCUGCUCGCGUUCGUCCAUUCUUCGCACCAUCAAAACCGAGCCACCAGAUUUGCACUUUGUCAAAAAGGAGCCAGAGGACUUGAAGAACGACUUGUAUCAGAAAAGCACUCCUGUUUGCCUGCAAAGGACUCCACAACCUAUGAAAAGUGAACCUUCUUCUAGUGUCUUGCUACCGAGUGUGCAGUCUUUGGCAGAGAGGAAAAAUCUAAGUUUUGAUCAGGCAAUUGCUAUUGAGGCCUUGACUCAACUGGCAGCUAUACCUGACAGCACCCUGAGGUCCAUUAAAACUGAAAGUAAGUGUGAACAUCCCAUUUCUACUGUUGCCCCAUUUUCAACCCCUUCUACAAAUACAACCUCGCAAGAAGCCAAACCAACUGGGGCUAUCCACUACAACAAAGUCUCGGUCAUAAGCUCACCACUACACCAGACGUCAGUCAUCCGCCCCCCAGUGGCCAGACAAGGGAAUGUCAUCCAGCGCUCUUGGGGGACUAACUCUUACUCAAAGCUGUCUCUGCAGGAUCUUUUAGAGGCCAGCUCGGACAGUGAAAAAGCGCCCUGCGGGAGGACAGAGCAGCGUUUUGGUUCUCACAUCAUCAAGUCUGAAUGUAGCUAUAAAGAUCCCUGUGAGAUGAAGUUUAGUAAAGAGCGCGAGCGCUUGUUUGGGGAUGACAGAGACAGGGUUGGUAAAGCAGGUAGAAACAGAGAUGAAGAGGAGGUGGCAGCUCAGCUGGCAGACUUGGCCUUCAUCAUCCAGGCCCGACACAGCCAGCGGUCAGAGAACAACCCCCCGAAAGGAACACCUGUUUCAGCAAUCAAAUACAACUAUAACUCCCAGAUGACCCCCACUCAGAAAAAGACCCCCAUAAAAAAACCAAGGGCUACACCCGCCAAACCCAGAAAGAAGAAAGUAGCGGACGGACAAAAUGAGGGAGUCACUCGCAGGACCCCCCUCUCAAAACGCAUGGCCAACGGAGAGACUCCCCAGAAGGGCAGAGGCCAGAAGAUUCUGCCACAGGGAAAAUCAGGCCUUCACCAUAAGAGAAACCUGUUUCUGCCUCAGACUCAAAUUGACCUGAAGAGAUACUUGGCUGAGGCUCAAGAGGAAAGCAGACAACUCAUCCAUCACAGUAACCCACACAGUACAGCCCUCAUAGGGCCACAGACCCCGAGCUACAGUAAUCUCACAAGGAUCAUGCACACUAGUGUUCAAGAAAACCAGCCGUGGUCCCACUCAAAUGGGUCAUUCCCCCAACAUCAUCCAUGCAACGGUCAUGUUGCAGGACCGGAGUGCGAAAGGCAUUUGUUAUCUCAGGUAGCGCAGCCCUGUGGUGGGCUGCAGCAUGGCGCUCAUCCUAACAACAGCCCAGCCAAUAACGCUUUCCUCAGCCACAGCACUGGGCACCAUGGUCUUGUUAAUGGCUUCUCCGGGGCGCCGCAGUCGCCUCCUCCAAGCCAGCAGGGCUACUACAAACUGGAGAGGUCAGGACCUGUCACUGUCCUGUCCACGGCUACUGAAGCUGAUAUGGGCCACUCUGCAGAGUCGACUCCUUCCAAGAACAGCAUCAACAGCUUCCUGGAGUCUCCAGUGAGUUUUAUGGAUACCCCGAUCAAGAACCUGCUCAAUACACCUUCCAAAAAACUGGCUGAUCUUCCAUCCUGUCAAUGCAUGGAACAAAUCAUUGAAAAAGAAGAAGGCCCUUACUACACUCACCUUGGGGCAGGACCUAGUGUGGCUGCAGUGAGAGAACUGAUGGAGAACAGGUACGGUUCCAAAGGAAGUGCAGUGAGGGUGGAAGUUGUUUCUUAUACUGGGAGAGAAGGAAAGAGCACCCAGGGGUGUCCAAUCGCUAAAUGGGUGAUCAGACGUGGCAGUGAGGAGGAGAAGCUGCUGUGUUUGGUCCGCAAGAGGCCCGGGCACUUCUGUGACGCUGCCGUGUUGGUCAUCCUCAUCCUGGCUUGGGAGGGAGUCCCCCGGCCGGUGGCGGACCACCUCUACCGGGACCUCACCGACUCGCUGUAUAAGCACGGCUCCCCCACCAGCCGUCGCUGCGCCCUCAAUGAAGAUCGGACCUGUGCAUGCCAGGGUAUGGACCCAGAGACGUGUGGAGCUUCGUUUUCCUUUGGCUGCUCCUGGAGCAUGUAUUUCAACGGCUGUAAAUUUGCCCGCAGCAAAGUGCCCCGCAAGUUUCGACUGCUCGGAGACUGCAAAGAAGAGGAGGAGAAAAUAGAGAACAACCUACAGAGUCUCGCCACCGACCUGGCACCUCUCUACAAACGACUGGCUCCUGAGGCCUUCCAAAACCAGGUGGAUUUCGAGGAGUCAGGGGACGGAUGCCGGCUGGGAAUGAGGACGGGACGUCCGUUUUCCGGAGUCACUGCCUGUGUGGAUUUCUGUGCUCAUGCUCACAAGGACACUCACAACAUGAAUAACGGCAGCACUGUGGUUUGCACUUUAACCAGGGAAGAUAACCGUGCAGUGCGUAGCAUACCAGAAGAUGAGCAGCUCCAUGUUCUGCCACUCUACAAGAUCUCUGACAGGGAUGAGUUCGGUCAGGCUUAUGGCCAGUGGGCCAAAGUCCAAAGUGGUGCUCUGCAAGUUCUGUCUUCCUUUCCCCGAGAGGUGCGUCUACUGGCCGAACCAGUGAAAUCAGCCCGUAAGAUAAGACAAGAAGCUCGAUUGAAGUCUCAAGCAGAUAAAAUGAACAAGAAGCUCGGGCUGACUCCUCUCACUCCUGGGAAAGUGAAAAGCGAAACCCCCAACAAAGAGCCACAGGGCUACCUCAGCUCAUGCAGACAACCACCCAGACCUGCCAGCGUUGGAAGAUAUCUACCGGGGGGUAGCCAACACAGCACUUACAGCCAGAGCAACAGCAACUACCCUGCUCCAGGUGCAGGGGUCACACCACAGAGGGAGGUUAUCCCCCCCGGCCACCCCGGCCUGUCUGGGCUCCGGUUUGGACCGAAUGGCCCAGUUCUCAAUUAUAAGACAAUGAGUGACGGCAUGAACGGUUACUCCCAGACACCUGGUGACCAGAGUGUCCAGUCAGAACGUAUACCUCUACAUAAUGCCCUUAGUGAUUACCCUUCUACCUUUAAAACUGAGCCAAGCGAUGUGCACUGCUCUCCUCUGCUCAGACCCUCCCCCAGUGGGAGUGCUCCUCCUCCCUCCUCCUUCUCCCCGAGACCUACCUCUGAGGGCCUCUUCAGCAGGCUCAACGGACUCCACAGGGCUGCAGGAGAUGUCGCGGCAGAGGUCAGGGGUCAUGGCUUUCCUGCCCUCUCAACUCUCCCCCUCCCCCUACAACCUCCCGAAAUUGAACCAGAGGAAAUUAAGCAGGAGGAGGUGUGGUCAGACAGCGAGCACAACUUCCUGGACAAUGACAUAGGCGGAGUCGCCGUGGCACCGUCGCAUGGUUCCAUCCUGAUAGAGUGUGCACGGCGGGAGCUCCACGCCACCACCCCUAUCCUCAGGCCAGACCGCAGCCACCCCACCCGCAUCUCACUGGUCUUCUACCAGCACAAGUCUCUGAACGAGCCAGGCCACGGGAUGGCCAUGUGGGACGCCAAAAUGGCCAAGAGGGAACGGGAAAGGGAGGAGGAGGCAGAGAGAUUGAGGAUGGAGGAAAGUCUGGGGCAGAAUGGCAAAGGAGGUGGGGAGCUGGAGGAGGAGACGGGGGAGGAGGCAGAGGAGACGAGGAGGACAAUAAAUGUCCCCACACGCCGAGCACUGACUCUCCCGAGGGACGGGGUCGUCACCGUGUCCCCCUAUGCUCUUACUCAAGUUACAGGGCCGUACAGCCACUGGACUUAGUCGACAUGUUUUAAAACGCACACACACACACAGACACACAUACACACACACACACACACACACAGAAAACUCCCUGUGCUUCUGCCUUACCUCAACCAACUUCAAACUGCUACUCUCAUUUUUACGUUGUUUUCAUUGUGCUUUUUCUAAUCUCCGUUUGUUCACUUUGUCCUUCUUCUUCUUUGCAUCCAGAGUGAUGGAGAAGACCAAAGUCUGUCGGCUUUUUAACUGUGAGUUUCGGUGUCGGUUUUUAUUAUAAAGGAAAUGGUGCUUUGAAGCAUUUUAAAGGCGUUUUUAAAAAUGUUUUAUAUACAUGACUAAGAACAAAAAAAAAAGAUGUGAUUAUUUAUUGUGAUCAUAACGAUUUCUAUUUAAUUCCUGGUGUAAGCCUGUUUACUGCAAGAUGAUAACCUGCAUUAUUAUGUGUUGGCGCUCAGAUUUUAUGUUUUCACCGUAGGACUACGCUCUUUAUUUCAGCCAGUAGUUCUCUUCCUCUGGCUUUUACAUCGGUGCCAUGUUCACUGUAACCUUUGUUAAGCAAACUCAUUACACCACAUCAUGUAGAGAACUAAUAUUGUCCAUAUAUUUACUACAGAGUGUCACAUGUAGCAUCAUUCUUUUCCCUCCACUGCCGCCGACGUCUGCCGGCACCGGAGGAAGGAAAUGUACUUGUUUGGUUUGUUGUUUUUGUUUAUUUUCUCUACGUCUGGAUGGUUUGUUUUUUAUUCACAGACAUGUAUGGCAUAUUAAGAAGCACUUUUUUUAUUUUCUUAACUUGAAAAAGGUCCAAAUCCAUAGGCCUGAAUAUGUUUGUACAGAUAGAGAUAUAUUGACACUUACGCAUGAACCGUUUCAUUUUCUCAGUUUUCUUGCAUCCAUUAGAUUUUUCAUUCAUUCGGCUGAAAAUAGCAUUUAGGACAUUUUAAACUUAGCAGAACGAGGAAUCAUGAAAUGCUGCAACAAUGAGCUGCUUAUCAUUACUGGCACUUAUGUUCAAAGGUCUUUCAUAAAGCACGAGUGGGAUUAUAGGAUUUUAAGAAACUGUGCAUUUGAAUGGUGCUAAACAGACAUCCAUAUCUUCUUCAACAGGUUCUCAGAUGUGUUAACAGAAUAUUCUUACGUCAAUCCUCUGGAUUUGAAUUUGUAAAACUGUGUUAGCCAACGCUGAUUCAUCAAACUAUUUUUUUCCCUCUGUUGUGUUAACCACUCAAACAUCACGAUCCCACACAGACACUUACCUAAGACGAUUUUGGGUGCUCAGCCCUCAUGAAGACUUUGUUUACAGAUAUCUUUUUGACAGGGUCUGAAAAAGGGGGGUUGGUGUCAACUCCUCGUGAAUCAGGUGUUUUUUAUUUUUACCCAUGAAUCUUGUCAUCAGUGAAAUUUCAGCACAAGAGAUGAUGAACUUUUCACUUGUUGUCACGCUAGAAAGCUGUGGGCUUUUAAACACUUUGACUUCUUAUUGGUGCUAAUCAGACAAGAUGUCGAGGUACAUGCAUUUCACAUGGUUCUAUUCUGAACAGUGGUGGCGCGGUGCUUUUUAAAAUAACUCGGCACUCACUGAUUUGAUAUAUGAAUGAAUACAAAUGUAGUUUUGUCAUUUCUCUGGAUGGUUUCUCAACAUUAAUCCUGUUUUUCAAGUAUCAGUCAAAAAUUAUUUUGCAGAUUUGCAACUAGAGCUCAAAUGUCUUCCACAGAUAAAAGCGACCCUCCAGCAAUUAUCAGAACUCACAACACAACUGAAAAUGAAUGUAAACACUUUUAAAGAUCAGUUUAUUUAAAAGGAAUAUUUUGGAAAAGUUACAGUUUUGAAUCUUCCUUUUUAUUUACUGUGUGUGGAACAGUCCACACUCAACCUCUUUGUAUCGGCAAGAAACUAACAACUAGCACCAGCAUUCAGAAAUCUGAAAAAUACAGCAAGUUUUAAUGAGUAGAAAAUGUGCAAAUAUGUAGGUGAACCAUAUUGUUUUUACUGUACUGUUAAUGGUGUUUAGACAAUGGAUGAUCUUGCUUAUUUUCAAAUGGAAAUACUGUAUGUUACUGAAAAGUAUAUCCAGUUUAGACUUGAGAAGAGACUCAAUUUAGCAUUCCUUCUACGGAUGGCUGAUCUCUUUUGGGAUUGUGAAAUAAAGUCAUAUUUAUAUUUUGGACCUGA